UUUAUCGAGAAGUACAAGCACGAGGCUGGCGCUGUCUUGACGUGCGCUACUGCGCCCUCCACGACCAUGAUGGUGGCUCUAGUUCACCACAGUCCUGACGACGACGGUCGGCAUGAGACAGACGCAUGGGUAUUCGUAUCGAGUGACCCCAACCAUGACUUCGAUUUCCACAUCUACGCCAUGGACAUCAUCCUUCGGUACUACAUCACGGGGGAUGGGCGGGCCGCUACUGCUGGAACACCGGUCCCCACGGUGCACAUCUUCACCGACGGGUGCGCCAAACAGUACAAGGGGAAGCGCAACUUUUACGCUGUGGCCAAGAGCUUGCACAGGCUUGGUGUUGUCCUCAUCCACAACUUCGCGGUCACGUCGCACUUCAAAGGCGCCCACGAUGGCAUCGGGGGGUUGCUGAAGGCUCUGUUGCGAGAAGCGGAGAAAAGGGGCCAGCGCAUUCACAACACCCAAGCCGCAGCCGACUUCCUCCAAGUCUACGCCGAGGCAAAGGAGGAUGGAGGAGGUCACUUUUCAAGCUGGUCCCCCUACCGGAUCAAGAGGUUCCACAUCAAGCUUCUUGGACACCGAGAGAUCCCUCGCCCGUUCGUAGAUUUGACGGGCAUCUCUGGGAGUUCCAAGCUGUACCAGUUCAUGGGAGCGGAGGUCCAGGAGGAGGAGAGCUCGGGCGUAGGCGUAGAGGUGCAGAAAGAGGACGGGGUUUCCCUCGUAGGCGGCGAGAAAGAGGUUGUAGUUAACCCGCAGAGAUGGCAGGCGGACGAAUCAACCGUUCUGACGCUUCCGGCUGUCACGAAGCGAUACAAGCUACGCGUUCGCCAGGCGUCGUGCUACUGCUCGAAGUGUAGUGUUGGAGCUUACGACGACUGCGUCCCNCUCGUAGGUGGCGAGAAAGAGGUUGUAGCUAACCCGCAGAGAUGGCAGGCGGACGAAUCAACCGUUCUGACGCUUCCGGCUGUCACGAAGCGAUACAAGCUACGCGUUCGCCAGGCGUCGUGCUACUGCUCGAAGUGUAGUGUUGGAGCUUACGACGACUGCGUAUCGGCCAAGAAGUACGCGGGGAUGGUGGGUAUGGUGAAGACUGUGUCGGGCAAGCACAAGGUUACUCGGGCGUCUUGUGGUGUAGGGAAUUGAGGGAUGUCCGUAGUGCACGUCAUGUUCUCGUGUUUGGCGCCUUGUUCUCUUCUAUGUUCGNCUCGGGCGUCUUGUGGUGUAGGGAAUUGAGGGGUGUCGGUGGUGCACGUCAUGUUCUCGUGUUUGGCGCCUUGUUCUCUUCCAUGUUCUUUUGUUUUUUGGGGUAAUUUUGUUGCAGUUUUUGUACUUUUUUUGUUGCUGUGUGCUGUUUGUUGCAUGUUGCUGUUCAUAUGC